AUGCCCGUGCGAAAAUCUGAUAGUUUGCCAUUUAUGAAAUCAACCAGGCUGACAGGAUUGGAAGAAAAUGAUCAGGCAACUGUUAUUGUCUUUCUUGUUGAUCCAAACCACUCUAGUGGCUGCCAGAGGCAGGGGAAGACGCCACCCUGCUGUUGUUCCCCCUCCUGCAAAAAAGUGGCUAACUCUAAAUGCUUUGCAGGAGGUGAGCCUGUGGUAGUAGCCAGGGGUGGAUUCUCUGGAAUUGCACCAGAGUCCAGUUUACCCGCUUAUUCUACGGCACAGCAGACGAGCUUGGCUAGCACGAUCUUACUCUGUGAUCUCCAACUUACAAAGGAUGCACAGGGCUUUUGCCAGUCUAGUCUGAACCUUCAAAAUGCAACAACUAUUGCUACAGCUUUUCCAGACUUGAAACCAAGAACCUACAACAUAAACGGAAAGAAUGUGGAAGGAUUCUAUGGGGUGGAUUUUUUGGCAGAUGAUCUACUCAAAAACGUUUUCUGUAAGUUGUCAGACGGUUAUACAGAGCUUCAGUUUCCUUUCUCAGUUUGUAGAGUACUAUCAUCUGGUUACAAUUUGGUGCAAAGCAUUUACUCAAGAUCCCCUGGUAUGGAUGGUUCAUACCCUCUGUUGACACCCUAUGAUGUUGUGGGCAUGCAAGGUCCUCCUCCAGUGCUAUGGAUGAACGUCGAGUGUUGUUGCAAUUUUGUGCUGCAGUAUCCUAGUUUCUACGACGGACUGAAACUCAGCGCAUCAGCAUUUAUUAUAGAUACCAUGAGAGACUUGAAUCCUGCAUACAUUUCAUCACCAGAGAUUGGAUUCUUGAAGGGCUUAGUAGGAAAGGUGAACCCAGCAAAGCUCAUUUUUAAGAUUCCGGGCAUAAACGAAGUUGAACCUACAACGAAAAAAACAUAUGUUACACUGCUGUCAGACAUAAAUAUGAUCAAGACAUUUGCAUCCGGGAUUAUUCUUCCAAAAGAUAGCAUAUGGCCCGUAGAUAGUGGAAGGCUAUUGCUGCCUGCUACGAGUUCUGUAUCUGAUUUCCACAAAGCAGGUCUUGAAGUGUAUGCUUCUGGCUUUGCAAAUGAUAACUACUUAAGUUAUAAUUAUAGCUAUGAUCCAACCAAGGAGUAUCUGCAGUUUAUAGACAAUUCUCAGUUUUCGGUUGACGGGGUAAUUACGGAUUUCCCUGCCACCGCAUCAGAGUCCAUUGGUGAGAUUUAUGCUUUUUCUCUGCUCCAUUCCUAUAAUAUAUUUCUCAAUGAGUCAAAAGGAAGAAGUUCUGACCUGAGAACUGCUCAUGUUGCAGCAUGCCUAGCCCAGAACAAGAAUGCUCCCAAAAUUGUAAAAGGUAAGAAGUGUUACACUUUGUAUCGUUUCAUAGUCUUGGAAAACAAAAUUAUGCAAUCUAUUGCUGCAUGGAAUAACUCGUUGUCUUCUUGCAUUAAAGCAUUGAUAAUAUCUCACGACGGAGCAAGUGGAGAUUACCCUGGGUCGACUGAUCUUGCAUACCAGAAAGCCAUAGAUGAUGGAACCGAGAUAAUCGAUUGUUCUGUUCAACUGUCCAAGGAUGGAACCGCCUUCUGCUUGCCUUCUGCUGAUCUUAUAGGGACAACCACUGCAGCAUCUCUUUUCAUGGACCGAUCUACCAGGAUACCUGAAAUUCAAGAUAAGAAUGGAAUAUUCUCCUUUGAUCUCACUUGGACUGAAAUUCAAUCACUAAAACCUCAACUUGCAAGCGUUUUUGAUGGCCCUCUUGCUCGAAACCCUGCAAACAAGAAUGCAGGAAAGUUCGUUACUCUUAAUGAAUUCUUGGAUCUUGCUAAGAAUAGGGCAGUUACAGGAGUUCUAAUUAACAUUGAAAAUGCUGCCUAUCUAGCAUCAAACAAGGGUCUUGACAUUGUUGGUGCUGUCACCACUGCCUUGAGCAACGCCACAAUGGAUAAGCAAUCUACUCAGAAAGUUUUGAUUCAGUCAGAUGACAGUUCAGUGCUUUCGAAGUUCCAGGACAUCAAGACUUACCAAAGAGUCUUGGCCAUCGACAAAGAUAUAGGUGGUUCAACCCAAGAAACAGCACAGGAAGUCAAAAAAUAUGCUGAUGCUGUUAAAGUGUUCAGAAAUUCUAUUGUUCUGGACUAUCCAAACCCCGUCUUCAUGUCCUUGAAUUACAGCAACCUUGUUGAAGUCAUGCAUGCUGCCAACAUCUCGGUGUAUGUGGGAAUUCUGAGAAAUGAGUUCCAAAACUUUUUAUUUGAUUACUACGCUGAUCCUUAUGUCGAACUCGCCACUCUUACUCAGAAAGGAGUGGAUGGAAUCGUAACUGACUACCCUGCCACAGCAAAUGCAUACAUGAGGUCCCCAUGUUCCAAUCCAAAUGCCAAUCUUCCAUAUACAAUACUACCCAUCAAUCCAGGUGACAUGUUUAACAAUCUGGUUACAGCAAAACCUCCAGAGGCUGCACCCGCUGUACCUCUCCUUCAAAAUGCAGAUGUCGAUGAUCCUGCACUGCCUCCUGUAGCCAAGAUUUCAGCUCCUCCACCCGCAUCCCCUUCUGAAUCUGGCUCUAACUCUCUUCCUGCUCCAGCACCCAAAAAAUCAAGAAGCACGAAAACUGCUAGCAACACAGGUCUCAUGGUUGCAGCAAUGGUUGCAGUACUUACAAUUCUCAGCUAUAAUAGCAAAGUUUAUUAAUAGGCAUAUCCACAUUUACAAACACCAGUGUUCACCCUGUCACCGGGAAAUAUUGCAGGUUUUUUUUUAGGUGGAUGUAUUAGUACUGUUUGCUAAACGUUUUAGUAGGAAUUUUUCGUGCUAAUGAUCAUUGAUUCCACUGACAAGAAUAA